AAUCAGAAUUUAGAAAGAAGACAGGCCUCUUUCACUCACAAAAAUCCGGGAUUCUACACGUUUUAAACAACAUUUGACCUCAAUUGUUACCACGAAUAGUUGAAAUCAACUUGAUCAUCUUAAAGAAAUUAUGUCGGAGGAAAACAGUGAACCAAAGCCGAGAGAGAGGAGAUUUUCUAGACAUUCCUCCGAAGAUGGAAUACCUUUGUCCAAUAUGUCGGGUAGAAAUCGUCACCGGUCGCAGGCAUCUCAAAUGUCGUCGAAAAGUUUAAAAUCUGUCCGUACCAUUGAUAGAGCUCAAUAUCACGAAGAUUUAAAGAUAACAUUAAAGAGAAAGGCUACUAGAAAUCUCAUAUUUGGCAACUUUAUUGUAAUGUUUGGUUGUUCUUUCAUAUUUGGAUAUAAUCUCGGAGUUUUGAAUCUGUUAAAAGACCCUAUCUCAAACUUUUAUACCAAAGUUUAUUCUGAAAGGGCUAAUUGCUCAAAUCAGAAAAUCAUUGUGGAAAAUGUCUCCGAUUCAAGUGUAGCCUAUCAGACGCAAUCGCCCACUUUAAAUAACAAUUGUGUAUCAGAUAAUUUUUUAACAAUCUUAUGGCAAUUAACUACUGCAAUUUUUAUUCCUGGUGGAAUGAUUGGGGCGUUUUCUUCUGGCUUCAUUGCCGACAGAUUAGGAAGGAGAAAAGCUAUUAUGCUGUGUGAGAUUCCUGCCUUUUUUGGUGCUGCUUUCGCAUUGAUUGCAUGCUGGUUGAAUUCUCCGGAAAUAUUUAUGAUAGGUCGUUUCAUUACUGGAAUAAAUUGUGGUAUGGCUACCCAAUUAGCUCCAAUGUACAUCACCGAAAUUACGCCGUUCAAUUUAAGAGGAGCUUUUGGAACUGGUCAUCAAUUAUUCAUAACUAUUGGAAUUUUCUUUGGAGCUGUAUUCUCAUUAAGAGAAGUAUUUGGAACGGAUUCACUUUGGCAGUAUGCUGUCUUUAUGAACAUCGUACCGGCCGUGGUUUGUCUAUUGGGUUUUUUCUUUAUUCUACCCGAUAGUCCUAGAUAUCUCCUAUUAAAAAAGGGUGAUAGGAAGGAGGCGGAAAAAGCUCUUUUCUUCCUUCGCCAAACGGAAGAUAUUCAUGAUGAUAUGGAGGAAAUGGAAACGGAAUCUCCCGAGGAUAAAUCUGAAGAAAAGUUUACUAUGUCUAAACUAAUAUCUUCAAAAAAUCUACGAAUGCCACUCUUUAUUACGUUAGCAUUGCAAGUUAUACAACAGCUAAGCGGAAUAAAUGCUGUAAUAUUCUAUUCGAGUAAUAUCUAUAAAAAUUGCGGAUUAACGGAUUCCGCAAUCCAAUAUGCCGUUUUAGCAACCAAUGCAGUUAAUGUUGCCAUGACAAUAAUUGCUGUGCCGAUUAUGGAUAAAGCUGGACGUAGAAAAUUACUACUAUAUCCAAUGUUGGGAAUGAUAUUAAUACUAACGAUUCUCUGCGUAUCGCUUAACUUAACACCUCAAGCAUCCUGGCUUAAAUAUAUAUCUGCUAUGUCCGUUGUAAGUUACGUAAUCUGCUUCUCGGUCGGCCUCGGGCCCAUACCUAUGAUGAUUGGAGCCGAGUUAUUUAGACAAGGACCUAGACCCAUGGCUCUUAGUUUGGCUGGAUUUACAAAUUGGUUGUUUACGUUUGUAAUAGCAAUGUCUUUUGUAAGUAUUCAGGAGGCGUUGGAAGAAUUUACAUUCAUUAUAUUUCUCGUUCUCAUGGUUUUCUUCACUAUAUUUGUGUACUUCCGGGUUCCGGAAACUAAAAAUAAAACUUUUGAGGAAAUUGCAGCCCAAUUUGCUCCAGGGGAUAUGCUAGAGGUCGAAGAAUGGAUUGACGACACGGCUGAUGAGAUAGAUAAACCACCAAUGGAAGAUGAAACCUUCUUAAAGAAUGGUUCUAAACCUACAACUGAGAGUGAUGUAGUCUUCACUUAAAAGAUUAAAAUAAUAAGAGUUUAUUUUGUGCCGACAAACCUGUCUCCGUAAAAAUAUCAUUAUUUGAUCAAUUUUACCUGAAAAGAUGCUGUUUAAAGUUAAUAUUAUAGGUAACUAAUGGUGAUAGCAAAAACAAUAACAAAAAUUUGACAUAUCUCAUUUUUUUCAAUAUGGCAGGGGUGGGUCUAGUUUAUUUUAACGACUAAUAAUUAAUUGUUAACAUUAUUAUUAGAUACUUUUUACCUAUUAAUUAAUUUUCUCGUUAAAUAUUGCGAAUUUAAAGAUAUAGUUUGAUUAUUAUAUCAUAUAUAUAGUAUAGGAAUUUAACGAAACCGAAUGUUUUUACUUAGAAAAUUUAGCUUAGAAAUGUUAAAGAUAAGAUAACACGUCUGCGUUUUGUUAAUAGGAAACAUUUAACAUUUUCUUUCCUUAUAAUAAAAGUAAUAAACGUACUCUAAACAAUUUCAUUUUUAAUAAUUUGCGAUUUUUCUGCUUUUAACCUAAAAGUAAUUGAUAUUAACGUUUUGAAAAUUAUGUUAUAGUUUAGAUAAUCAUCUAAGUAUAUAUUAACUUAAAACAGCUAUAAAACAGGCUAUUUCAUAUCAUUUUUGAGCAGUUUCCAGUCCUGAUACAUCAAUGAGUUAUCUAUACAUGUAUGUUUUACUAGAAAUAGUAAAUUUCUUUUUUCUGCACUAAGUAUUUCGUUGUAUGUUUAGUGUGUAUAAAUAUAUAGUAUAUAUAUAUAUUUAUGUUAUAUUUGCUCCGAAUCGCAAUGUUAUGCAAACCAAUUGUAUAUAAUUUAUAUUUUUAUUGAUUCACGUGUUUGAUUAAUGUUAAAACACGUAAGGAGCUUAAAAAGAUGCAAAGUUUAUUUUUUCCAUCCAGUUGAAACUUGUAAGAAACUAUUAUUAUCAGGUUUUUUUCUCUUUUUCGUUAGAUCUGUCUUUAAAGGUAAUUGUAAUCUUUAGAUUAUUGAACAAAUUUUCAGAAAAUAUUAUAAAAUAUCAACUAUUAGCUACGUGUGGUCCAUGUUUAAACUUGAAUGAAUAAGGCUGGGAUAGGGAAGACAACUCAUAUUUUCUUAAAUCGCUUACCUUUAAAAGCCUUAGAUAAUAAUAAUCACUUUUGUUUCUUUUUAACACGUUUUACUCUUUUAUUCAUUUUUAGCCAUUUUUAACAUUUCUUUUGGGGUCUCGAAACUAUUUGAUAUUAGUUUUAACUUGGACAGUUUAGUAGCUUUUGGUAAAUAUUACACAGCAUAUAUACUAAACUAUAUACAGUAUAUAUUUGUCAAUAUCAAUCAACUAUACAAAAAAAAGAAUAAUCAUAAUAAUUAAUAAUAAUCAAUUAGGCCUAUUUACAAUCAGCAAAAAAGAAAAAAAACAAAAAAAACAGAAGGAAUAAAAAUAUAUAAAGUGAGAUAAUCGUUAUAAAAAUAAAAAGUCUUCGUAUUAAUGAUGUUAACGAGUGGAAUUAAUAUAUAAAAGAGUUUUAGUGUUUUAUUUUUAAAAACAUAUUGGAUAUUAAGUAUGAUAUAGUUUGGUGUUCUUUUUGUCUUGAAGAAAAGAAUAUAAUUUAUAGGAAAAGGAGUUUCAGAGGACACGAUCAACUCUUCUUUCCUUUCUCUUCUUUGUUUUCUAAUAGGUGUUUGUUUAGGUGAUUAUAUUUUAUUGUCGAUUUUUAACAAUGCUUUGGAUAUUAUGUAUUAACAUUCUGUUAUGUUAUUUAAACAUUAGAUUCUUAUAAAUGCAAUAAAAAUGUUAAAACCGC